CCCGUGAAGGUCCGAAUGGUGAUGCACUACAUAGCCUGCAGUUUCGGUACGGUGAUUAGGCAAGCACGAGUGAGUAUAACCAAGCCCUAUGCUAAUCCCAUCCGCCGAUCCUCCCCCUCCUCUUCGCUCUCUUUCACACCGCACCGGCACCGUCACUGUCACAGCUCAAGUGAUAUGAGAGGCAGGAUUGGGGAUAAAUGGUCCAUGAGGGUUCUCUGGGCGAGUGCCAUCGGAAGUGGCAUAGGUCUCUACAUGGUUAUUGUGGAAAGACAACUGCAGAACAGAGAACGGAUGGCAGCUGAAGCUUUGCAAUCAUUAGACUCCAACUCAGGCAGCAGAGAAGAAGAUUAAACACUGCAAUUGUACAGUAUGAUACUAUUAUGGAAUCCCAUAUGACUGCAUCGAAGAGUUUAUUGCUAUGUUUUUGUGAUGUUUCUUUGGUUCUCACCUUUCGGUAACCAGCAUCUCUGUGUUAUUGGAUUUUAUGGGAUUCAUACUAAGAGUUGGUUCGUUUUGGUUUUGAUAAGAAGAAUUAGCUUUAUGCUUGCUUGGCUGAGCGUUUUGCUCUUAUCACC